AUGGAGGCGGCAAAGAAGUCAGUUGUGGAACCGUUGGUGGCGGCAGUGGUCCAGUCGACUAACUCCUCUCGCUUUCUGGUUUUCAAUUCAAAAACAGCGGAGCCACUUACUCACCACCAAGUGGAAUUAACACAAGAGUUUCCAAAGGAAGGAUGGGUGGAACAAGACCCUAAGGAAAUUAUUCAGUGUACUUACGAGUGUAUGGAGAAAACGUGUGAGAAACUUAACGAACUGAACAUUGAUCUGUCCAACAUAAAAGCAAUAGGUGUCUGCAAUCAGAGGGAAACCACCCUAAUCUGGGACAAGGUAAGCGGAGAGCCGCUCUACAAUGCUGUGGCGUGGCUUGAUCUGAGAGCCCAGGCUACCGUUGAGAAACUUAGCAAACAAAUUCCAGGAAAUAACAACUUUGUGAAGUCCAAGACAGGCCUUCCACUUAGCACUUACUUCAGUGCAGUGAAACUUCGUUGGAUUCUUGACAAUGUGCAAGCAGUUCAGAAGGCUGUGGAAGAAGGCAGAGGACUUUUUGGUACUAUCGAUUCAUGGCUCAUCUGGAAUUUGACAGGAGGAGUUAAUGGGGGUGUCCAUUGUACAGAUGUAACAAAUGCAAGUAGGACGAUGCUUUUCAACAUUCAUUCUUUGGAAUGGGAUAAAGAGCUCUGUGACUUUUUUGAAAUUCCAAUGAACAUUCUUCCAAAGGUCUGCAGUUCUUCUGAGAUCUAUGGCAAAAUGAAAGUUGGGGCCUUAGAAGGUAUACCAAUAUCUGGUUGUUUGGGGGACCAGUCUGCUGCAUUAGUGGGACAAAUGUGCUUCCAGGAAGGGCAAGCCAAAAACACCUAUGGAACAGGUUGUUUCUUACUGUGUAAUACCGGUCGUAAGUGCGUAUUUUCAGAUCAUGGUCUUCUGACCACAGUGGCUUACAAAUUAGGCAGAAAUAAGCCCGUGUGCUAUGCACUGGAAGGUUCUGUUGCUAUAGCCGGUGCUGUUAUUCGCUGGCUAAGAGAUAACCUUGGAAUUAUAGAGACCUCAGAAGAAAUUGAAACACUUGCUAAAGAAGCAGGUACUUCUUAUGGCUGCUAUUUCAUCCCAGCCUUUUCAGGGUUAUAUGCACCUUACUGGGAUCCUAGUGCACGAGGGAUCAUCUGUGGGCUCACUCAGUUCACCAAUAAAAGUCAUAUUGCUUUUGCUGCAUUGGAAGCUGUUUGUUUUCAAACCCGAGAGAUUGUAGAUGCCAUGAACCGUGACUGUGGAAUUCCACUCAGUCAUUUGCAGGUAGAUGGAAAAAUGACCAACAACAAAAUUCUUAUGCAACUACAAGCAGAUAUUCUGCAUAUCCCUGUCAUAAAGCCCACUAUGCCUGAAACGACUGCCCUGGGAGUUGCCAUGGCAGCGGGAGCUGCAGAAGGGGUGGAUGUUUGGAGUCUCAAACCGGAGGAUUUGUCAACUGUUGUAAUGGAGCGGAUUGAGCCACGGGUCGAAGCCACAGAAAGUGAAAAUCGUUAUUCUACAUGGAAGAAAGCUACGAUGAAGUCAAAGGGCUGGGUUACAACUCAGUCUCCUGAAAGUGAAGAUUCUGCUGCCUUCUCUAGUCUGCCCUUGGGAUUUUUUAUAGUGAGUAGCAUGAUAAUAUUCAUUGGAGCAAGAUACAUCUCGGGUAUACCGUAA